GAUGGUCGAAUGCUCCACGAUCCACUGGAUCGACUGGAUCCACUGGACCCAGACCUACUUUCUAAAGUCUUUCAGACGCGGUCACUUUUGCGCUGUACUAAAUGCACUAUAGUUGACAGUAUAGUUGCUAGUGUUUCAUUGGACAAAUGGCGUUGAUACUAACAAGGCGUCUUGGCGCAUUGCGAAAUUUAUCACAAAAGAAGACGAUUCAGCCCUACUGCUCUUCAGUAACAGCAGGCAGACAACACAUAAAUGGAGUCCAACUGUACUAUGAGAGGACUGGCAUAGGAAAGCAUGCUGUGCUUCUGGUCCCUGGAGCUCUGGGAAGCACUCUGACCGACUUUGGUCCUCAGCUGAAGUCUCUGAACAAGGAGAUGUUUACCAUUGUUGGUUUCGACCCCCGUGGUUACGGGCGUUCUCGUCCUCCUGAAAGAGACUUCCCUCUGAACUUCUUUGAGAGGGACGCAAAGGAUGCAGUAGACCUGAUGAAGGCAUUGGGCUUCAGCAGGUUCUCUCUGCUGGGGUGGAGCGACGGAGGAAUCACAGGUCUGGUGUUGGCAGCCAGGAACCCAGAGCUCAUCCACAAGAUGGUCGUCUGGGGAUCCAACGCCUACGUCUCCCAACAAGACCUCAGCAUUUACCAUGCGAUCAGCGACGUGUCCAAGUGGAGUGCCAGGAUGAGGAAGCCCAUGGAGGACAUGUAUGGAGCAGAGGUGUUCCCUAAGAUCUGGAAGGCCUGGGUGGACGGGAUCUCACAAUUCACCCACAGACCAGAAGGGAGCAUCUGCAUGGAGCUUUUGCCCCAUAUCUGCUGUCCUUCCCUCAUCAUCCAUGGCGAGAAAGACCCCAUGGUGCCCAGCUUCCAUCCACAAUACCUUCUCAAACACAUCAAGGGAUCACGUUUACAUGUGAAUCCAGAGGGAAAACAUAAUCUUCACCUGAGAUUCGCUACCGAAUUCAACAAAAUGGUGGAAGACUUUUUGGAUGAAUGACAAUCUUAUUUUCUAUGAUGAAUUUGACAUGGAUAAAUGAAUUAUGAAAUGUGAAUUAGGCUGGACUGUCUGACAACUCUUAUUCUAAUGGUAAUUAAAAUGAUUGAUAUGAGGAUUCAUA